AUGGAUUAUUGGAAAGCAUAUCGAACGUUAAGGCAUGCUCGCGAGUUGGUCAGGGGUAGUCCAGAGAGUGGUUAUGAGCAGCUUCCUACAUAUUUGUAUAUGAUAAAAAGGGCAAAUCCUGGAACUUUUACACAGCUUGAUGUUGAUGAAGCUCAAAGAUUUAAGUACUGUUUUCUAGCAUUUGGUGCAAGCAUACAGGGAUUUCCGUUUUUGAGGAAAGUGGUUGUUGUGGAUGGUACUUUUUUACAGGGAAAAUACUUAGGGACACUACUGACAGCAACAGCUCAAGAUGGCAAUUUUCAGAUUUUUCCAAUUGCUUUCGCCGUGGUUGAUACAGAGAAUGAUGAAUCAUGGGAAUGCUUUUUCAAGCAACUCAGCUGUGUGAUACCUGAUGAUGAAAGUCUUUCCAUUAUUUCUGAUAGGCACAAAUCAAUUGGGAAAGCUAUUAAAAAGGUUUAUCCGAAGUCUAGUAGGGGAAUAUGCACAUACCAUAUGUACAAGAAUAUUUUGGUUCGGUUUAAAGGUCGAGCAGAAUUUGCUUUGGUUAAAAAGGCGGCAAAUGCUUUUAGACUGAUCAACUUUCAAACCACAUUUGAUCAGAUAGAAGCCAUGAAUCCAACACUACAUGAGUACCUCGUGUACAUUUCCCAGGUGAUAGGUACAACUUUGCUUACAAGCAACAUUGCAGAAUCAAUGAAUAAGGUCAUGUCACAUGAUAGGAGAUUUCCUAUUGUACAACUAUUGGAAGAAAUAAGGUCCAUGAUGACUAGGUGGUUUUCAGAUAGAAGGACUGAUGCAUUGAAGAUGACAACAGACUUGACUCGUGGUGUAGAGAAAAUUCUCCAGUUUGACUUGGAGAAACUCCCUUGUGCACAUGCAAUUGUGGCCGGUGAAUUCAGAAACAUUUCUCGCAUUUCAAUGAGUCAUCCUUAUUAUCGGAAACACUACAUUCACGCUUCCUACGAGAAUGCCAUCAUGCCAAGGGAGCUUGAUAAAUCUGUUCCUGGACAUGUGAUAACGAAGAACUCUUUUUAG